AUGUCAUUUGAAGAAGCAAGAGACCACAGAGCCCACAUGAAGAGAACGAGGCUGCCCCUGAGGAGGAGAAGAGAAGGAAAAACAGACUACCAGCAAAGACAUAACCUAAUCCGACACAACAAGGCAAACUACGGAGAAGUCAAGUCUAGAUUCGUCGUCAGAAUAACGAACAAGAAGGUUAUAUGCCAGAUCAUACAGGCGUACACCGUCGGAGAUAAAGUCAUCUGUGCAGCAGACUCCUCGGAGCUGAAGAAGUACGGAAUCAACUUCGGCCUUAAAAACUACGCAGCAGCAUACGCUACAGGCUUCCUCUGCGCAAGAAAGAUGCUCACAAAGCUCGGCCUCGCAGAAGACUACACCGGAAAGGAGGAACUCGACGGAGAAGAGUACCUGGAGUCAGAUAACGAAGAAGGACCGAAGGCGUUCAGGUGCUACCUCGACCUCGGACUCGCAAGAUCCACAAAAGGAGCAAAAGUCUUCGCAGCUAUGAAGGGAGCCUGCGAUGGAGGACUCUAUAUCCCGCACUCCCCGAAUAAGUUCGUGGGAUUCGACAAGGAGAGCAAAGAACUCGACGCAGAGGAGCUCAAGAGCAGAAUCUUCGGAGGACACGUCGCAGACUACAUGCGGAAACUGCAGGAGGAGGACGAGCAGGAGUACAACAGAAAGUUCGCAGAGUACAUUAAGAACGGAGUCACAGCAGACGAAAUAGAGCAGAAGUACGAGCAGGCAUUCGCCCUCAUCAGGCAGGACACCUUCCCGAAGAAGGAGAGAGCAGCAGUAGACAGGUCGAAGUACCAGAAUAAGCCGAGAAAGCUCACAAGCGAGGAGAGAAAGACAAGAGUCCAGGAGAAGUACAGAGUGCUCACAGGAGGCGCAGAGACAAACUAG